AUGGGCAAGAUCCUGCAGAAGAAGAAGGCCCGCUCUGGCCUGUCCAAGGCCCGGCCCAAGAACAACCGUCGCAAGAGCGGUAACAGGAAGAUUAACAUGCUGGGCAACGCCAUCAUCGCCGAGAACUGGGAUAAGAGCUUGACUCUCACUCAAAACUACAAGAACUUGGGUCUUCUGCACAAGCUCAACGCUCCGACCGGUGGCCGCGAACGCCUCCCCGGCCAAAUCGACCCCUCCGAGACCCCUAACUCCCUGCACAUCGGCUCUGGCCCCAAGGCUACUGUUCAAAUCGAUGUGGCCGAGACCAAGGUCGAGCGCGAUCCGGAAACCGGCAAGAUUCUGCGCGUGAUUCGCCCCGACGACGAGAUUGAGGUCGGCGGUCGCAAACACAAGCGCGCCAACCCUCUCAACGACCCGCUGAACGAUCUUUCCGACAAUGAGGAGUUUUUGAAUAUCGCCUCCAACUCUGACAUUGUUAAGCAACUGGAGCGCCAGGCGGAUGCGGAGGGUCAAGGUGUUAAGGCGAAGAAGCCUCGGCAUCAGAGUAAGCGGGAAGAGGAGUGGGUGAUGCGCUUGGUUGAGAAGCACGGAGAUAACUAUGCGGCUAUGGCCCGGGACCGCAAGCUGAAUCCUAUGCAGCAGAGCGUGGGUGAUUUGCGGAGACGGAUCAACAAGUGCAAGAAGGCACAGGCCUGA